CGUGCGUGCACAGUACAGUUAGUGUGUAAAUGACAAAUAGAGAAGCCAAACCGGGUCAGAGCUCAGCUAGACAGACAUUGAAUCGCACUGAUCCACAAUGCUCGCAAGACGUCCCCCGAGGAGAGAGAAAAACACACAAGAUGGAUGCAAGGAGGAGACUCUUGACGGAGUGACUGUGCCGCUGGACGAUUUCCGGGGUAAGGUGCUUCUCGUUGUCAACGUGGCCACCUUCUGAGGGUCAACUAUAGAGGAGUACCAUCGACUUAAUGCACUCAUGGACAUGUUUGGUGACCUCAACUUCACCGUGCUGGCCUUCUCCUGCAACCAGUUCGGCCUUCAAUCGCCUGAGGUGAAUCAUGAAACAUUAAACCUCCUUAAGUAUGUGAGACCUGGAGGGGGAUUUGUGCCAAAGUUUCCCAUAUUUGGCAAGGUGGAGGUGAAUGGAGUCAAUGAGGAGCCGCUGUUCUCCUACCUUAAGGAAUCAUUGCCCUUUGUGAAUCCUGUCAUUGGGGACAUAAAGAAGUUCUACUGGUCACCAAUCACGGUCAAUGAUAUCCGAUGGAAUUUUGAGAAGUUUCUAAUCACUGCUGACGGCAAGCCCUUCAACAGAUAUGAACUUCAUUGUCCCAUUGACAAAGUUGAGAUGGACAUCGCCGAGCUUCUCUAACCGACUCUUGUCAGUCUAUCAGCGGUGGCAGCGUGACGAUCCCUCGGUAAAUGCACAUUUGUGCCCCUGAGUUGGAUCUGAUGAUGAGUAGGAACAGGUCUCGGACCGAGAGUGCAUUCACUUUGGGAACAAAUUCCUCUCCACCACCAAUAAAAGACUAUUAAAUAUGAAUGAA